AUGUCUUGGGAUAGCUAUAUUGAUAACCUUAUCGCACAAACUAAAGAUGCUUCAGGAACUGCUCAUUCUGACAAAGCCUGUAUAAUUGGAUUGGAUGGUGGGGCUGCUUGGACAAGUGCUGGUCAUGGAUGUGCAUUAAAGGUAAGAACAAUUCUCUCAGCUGUGGAAUAUGAAUGUAAGUAGGUGUGAUUGCUGCAUCAUUAAAAUAGGGUCACAUUUAAUAAAGGUUGGAUGCCCAUUGCAGUGUCAGGGGCUUUUACCAAGGCAAACUGAGUGCUGCUCCCAUGCCCUACUGCCUUGAGUGUCUGUGCCAUGGUGGCCAUCCUACAUGUAUUACUAGCCCCUCCCCCCCCCUCCCCCUCCCAACCCAGUUGAAGAGUUAACUAGGACUCUCCCUCCUCACAUGAGAAAGAAAAAGUGUUGACAUACAUUUAAUAAUUGCUAAUAGGCCAUUUGUACAAUGAUGUCACUUUACUACUACGACCAGAAUCCUUCAGGAUUUUGCUUUCUUGUGGAAAUUAGGGCUUUUGUUUUUGAAACCUCACUGGGAAUACCAAAUUAGAAUAUGAAAGGAAAAAUGAAAAGGAUUCUGGUCGUAGUAGUAAAAUGACGCCAUCAUGCAAAUGUCCUAUUGCCUUCAAAGCUUUUGUAUUUCUGCUUCAUGAUCUCAGACUAUUUCAUUUUAGUCUUGAAAGUCCUUUCUAAAUGUCAUAUUAUCUUAUACAUGUACUUCUUUAGAAAACCUCAACCACAAUAGCUUACAACAGUUAGCAUACUGUGCCGAUUUUGCCUUAAACAGUGAGUUUUGAUAUCAAGUCUCGCAGGCAGCUGUUAUUUCGAUUAUUAUGCAGAGUGUUGUGUGUUACCCAAGUAACAGCAGCUUAGGAGUCUAUUGAACAUGUGUUGAUGUAUUAAUUUAUCGGGCAUCAUUCUUUCUUACCUGUAGUUGCAAGGAACAGAAGGAGCAAACAUAGCGAGGUGCUUUAAAAGCAAAGAUUUUACAGCUUUUCAGGCCGGUGGUAUCCUUGCAGAGGGGACCAAGUAUCAAUUUCUGAGAGAGGAAGACGGGAAGUUAGUUCUUGGAAAGAAAAAAGACCAUGGAGCCAUCACUCUGCAAUGCAGCAAGACAGCAAUUGUCAUUGCUCACACUGCUGAAGGUUGCCAACAGGGUAAUAGUAACAAAGGUGUAGGCGUAAUUGCAGACUACCUGGAAAGCUUGGGCAUGUAA